AUGCGUCUGAAUACUUCCACUUCCAAUCUUUUCGCGCUAUCCACACUCUUUUUGCUAUCAUCAGGGCUCCCAGUCAUCCAAAAAGAUGUUAUUUCGGUGGAACAUGUAAAGAGGGCUACGUACUCCGUUGUUAAUGUUGAGGGAGGUUCUUCAACUUCCGCAAGUAGUGGAAAUGGGAAAGCAACUACUGUUAUAGAAACAGUCACCAGAACCGAGGAGCCGGCCACAAAAACAGUAAUCGAGACCGAUUUAACCACAACUACGAACCAAGUUGUCUCAACUCAGACUGUGAAAGGUUCUGAUGCAACUGAGACUACUUCAAUUACUGUUACACCAUCUCCGACCACAGUCGUUAGCGUUAGUUAUUCAGUUGUGGAUAUCUCGGCAGUGACUACCUCCAAAUCUUCAUCAAAAGAAGUCUCCACCUCUUCAAGUUCCACUACUUCGGUAUCCUUAUCUACUUCAUCAAAAACAGCAGCUACUAGUUCGGCAACCAUCAUAUCUAGUGCGUCCGAAUCAUCAAAAUCGUCCGAGCCAUUGACACAAUCCAUAUCAUCUUCCCAAUCUGCAUCCUCAAUAACAGCCACGGCGUCAACUUCAACCACACAAUCAACCGUAUCGACUUUGACUUCUAGCGCUUCUGAAUCAUCCACUGCAGUCGGAUCUUCCCCAUCGCUGUCCUCAAUUGUCCCCAGCGUCACCAGCUUGAUCACUUCCGAAGCAUCUAGUCCUAUUCCAACUCUCGAGUCACGGUCAAGCACAUUCACCGACGAAACUUCAUUCGUAUCACUCCCCACAACUACUCCAUCUUCCUUGUGGGUUCCUUCAUAUACAGGAAUACUAUCUAGUUGGCCUGCUAUUACAGCUUCGCCUUCAGCUACUACUACUUCCUAUGAUAGUGAGAACUCGUUCACUAGCUAUCCUUCUUGGAAUUCCACGACUGCUAUACCUAGAAAUUGA